AUGCCAAAGAGGAUUGUAUACAACAUAUCCAGCGACUUCCAGUUGAAGUCGCUGCUGGGGGAAGGCGCCUACGGUGUGGUGUGUUCCGCGACGCACAAGCCCACAGGAGAAAUAGUGGCAAUCAAAAAGAUCGAGCCAUUUGACAAGCCGCUCUUCGCUCUGCGCACGCUGCGUGAAAUCAAGAUCCUGAAGCACUUCAAGCACGAGAAUAUCAUAACGAUUUUCAAUAUCCAGCGCCCAGACUCGUUUGAAAACUUCAAUGAGGUGUACAUCAUCCAGGAGUUGAUGCAGACGGACCUGCACCGUGUGAUUUCCACGCAGGUUCUGAGUGACGACCAUAUACAGUAUUUUAUAUAUCAAACCUUGAGAGCGGUGAAAGUGCUGCAUGGGUCGAACGUGAUUCAUCGCGACCUGAAGCCCUCCAACCUUCUGAUAAACUCCAAUUGCGACUUGAAAGUGUGCGAUUUUGGGUUGGCGAGAAUCAUCGACGAAGCGGGCGCGGAUGAUUCAGAGGCCACGGGCCAACAGAGCGGUAUGACGGAGUACGUGGCCACGCGUUGGUACAGGGCUCCCGAGGUGAUGCUGACCUCUGCCAAGUACUCCAGAGCCAUGGACGUGUGGUCGUGCGGGUGCAUUCUCGCAGAACUGUUUCUCAGACGUCCCAUCUUCCCCGGUAGAGACUACCGGCAUCAGUUGCUGCUGAUAUUCGGCAUCAUCGGCACGCCGCAGUCAGACGACGACUUGCGCUGCAUUGAAUCACCGCGAGCUAGAGAGUACAUAAAGUCGCUGCCAGCGUACCCGGCGGCGGCGCUGGAGAAGAUGUUCCCGCGGAUCAACCCGCAGGGAAUAGACCUCCUAGAGCGGAUGCUGGUCUUUGACCCUGAGAAGAGAAUCACUGCCACGGAGGCGCUGGAGCACCCGUACUUGCACACGUACCACGAUCCGAACGACGAACCUGAGGGCGAGCCCAUCCCGCCCAGCUUCUUUGAAUUUGACCACUACAAGGAGGCGCUGACCACCAAGGACCUGAAGAAAUUGAUCUGGAACGAGAUCUUCAGCUAG